UUUACACAAACAGAGAAGUAAAAAAGAUACAAGCUCCAAUACACGUCUGUCCGUUUAUGUAAACACUUCACAACUCGGAAGUUUUGCCCAGACGUUGAAGUGGAUGUCAUGAUUCAAGUACCACGAGCAAGUUAUAUACAAGUGAAUAUUCAAGACGGAAUUUAACGAUAAAUUGGCAGCUCUACGAUUCUGAAACUAUAUUCAAGUGUUCGAAAUCUUUCACAGGAUUUAAUCAAUAUAGUGCUUAUACAUUAAUCUACGAAAUAAAACUGCUGGCUGCAAUAGAUACACAGCACACCAUCUUGUCUCUUGCAUAACGUAUUUGUUUGAUUGAAUCCAGUAUACAGAGCGUUAAUGUCUACUGUAGCCAUGUCGUUUGAAUGGCAGCCUAUCGUGACUGCACAGCCUCGAGGAAGUAUUGAGAGGGUCGACACAUCACUCACAUCCAUUGAUCAACAGAACAAUGAUGUUCCUCUCUAUCCAUGGUUAUAUCCCAAUGGCAAGCGUCGAUUGUGGUCUACUGGGUUAUUCAGCUGCUCUAAAGAUGUAAAUACCUGUUUAAUGGGGACGUUUGUACCAUGUCACAUGUGUUUCAUAGCCUCAUCAAUGGGUGAAAGUCUGCUAGCAGGGACGUGUGUUCCAUUCUCUAACCUUGUCCUUAGGACAUUACUCAGAGGGCGACAUAACAUUGAGGGUUCUGUAAUGAAUGAUUGUCUUGUAACCACACUGUGCCCAUGCUGUGCUCAAUGUCAGCUAGCUAGAGAGAUCAAGAUGAUACAGGAUGGUGAUGCGUUACCAUAGCAACCAAACCAAUCUUGGUGAAAGUUACCAAAGACCAUUUGACAUCUGCAUUGUUUUAUCACUAUUUACAUACUCUAUUGUAUAGUGAUAUCUUUGAUAGGCCUAUCAUUUUGGGCAAUAGAGUAAACAUUUUCUCUAUAUGGUCUAGAAUGGAUCAGAUGAUCUAACGAUGAAAACAUGAAAAUGAAGAACCCAGACUGAGGGUACAGGAGGGUGACAUAUUAUAUUAUGUGAAACUGUAAUUGGCUCACAACUAUUUAUUCAUUAGUUAUUAAUAUCUAAUCAUGGAUGCUCAUGAAGGAGUUGAUCGUUGAAUGAGAGUCUCAGUAUAAUCACUGUUAGAAAACGAAAAUAAAUAUCAAAUGCCUGCUACAAGUAUUUGCCAACAAAGCAAAGAUUUCUGUUCCACUUGAGUAUUGUUUCUUAUUUGUCUGUAACUUUUUAAGCUCUUGAAUCAGAUAGGACAUAAUAUUUGCAAUUAGAGUUUCACUCGUGCAUGAGCCUUGAUGCUUUCAAUAAAGUCCUGUAAAUAUCUACACCUACAAUAUAAUAUAUUUAUAUUCAUUUUGAUAAAACAGUUUCUAUUAUAUAAAAUGAAUGAUUAAUGAAAAUCGACUCGAUCAUACAAUCUCAAAACCCUUUGCUGAAAUUUGCAUAUAGAUAACAUAUUUCAGAGGGAAGAGCAUACACAUAAUAUGGUUGUUUCAUUUAUAUUUAUAUAUUUGUAUUUUUCAUGUCAGUGUCGAACGGUAUAAGAUUGUGCGGUGUGCACUGUAGGCUUUCUUUUUCAUACAAUACAAUUGUUUUUUCAGUUUUAUUUCAAAUUGAAUUUGUCUAAAAUCUAGUAUUAUAAAUGUCGGUCUAGGGCGUCUUUUUCAGCAUGGAUUAUUAUCAAGAUGAAUGUCUAUAUUCAUAGAAUGUUUUACCUGCCGUUGGCCCAAAAUUCAAACCGCCCUCCCCUCCGUUUGUAUUAUGUCAUUUUAUUCUCUUAAUCAUGGUAGUAUUAUAUAUCACAUGAAGUAUGAAGGGUCAUUUUUUUAGUCCGGUAUCCGUAAAAAAAUGUCAUAGUUCAAUGGAAAACUUUGACUAAGUAUUUUCUUUACUCAUGUAUGUAGUCGAGAAAUCGGUUGUGGAAACCAACGUUUAAGCUAUAGGAGCGGAUCCAUUGCAGAGGGUGCACAAUAUUAUUAGGUAGGCCACAUGGUGAGAAUGAGUAGGCCCUUGGGCCCGUUGCAGAAAGAGUUGCAAUCAAUCGCAAAUCAUGCGUAACUUGAUUUUCAACCAAUCAACAGCGCGCAU